UCUCCAAAUCCUCCGUCUCUACUUCCUCUCUUUCUUCUCACUUACACAACCUAUACAUACAUCUCAUUAUUUUUCUUUUAAUGAUCUGAAUCACAAUCACAAUUUUAAUAAAAUGGGUGACGAUGAUACUGAUAACAAUAAUAAUAAUGAUCAGGAUCAGGAUCACUGGGAAGAUAUCCUCAGGAAAAUGUUACCUCCAGGUGCCCCAUUACCUGAUCAACACCAACUUGAUUUCUCCAUUUCUGUUGAUUACCAACCCACCACCACCACCACCUCAAUUCCCACCAAAAUUCAAUCUUUUUCAAAACCCAUUUCCAAAAUUCAAUCUUUUUCAAAACCCUCCUCCAAAUUCUCUCAUAAAUUCUCCUCCUUUCCAAACACCACCCCACAAUUAAAACCCAAUUUAAAUGUUUUCAAUACUAAUACUACCCAAAAGUUAGAAGAAAAAGACCCAGAUUUGAAUAAAGAUAAUUCCAAUCUUGAAUCUUCUAGUAGUACUAGUAUUGGUAAUGAUAAUUCUUUGUCACAUAAUGAAAAUGUUAAGAAAACUAAGAAUAGAAAGAAUGGGUGUAGUAGGUGUGGAAAAGGGAUUAGAUUGAAAGAAAAAGAAAGUUGUGUUGUUUGUUGUAAAAGGUUUUGUGGUGAUUGUGUUUUGAAAGCAAUGGGGUCAAUGCCCGAAGGGCAAAAGUGCGUCGGGUGUGUCGGGUUACCCGUUGAUGAGUCAAGGAAAGGGAAGGUAGGGAAAUGUUCAAAAAUGUUGAGUAAAGUCCGUAAACAGAUAAUGAUGGCCGAAAAGGGAUUUUCGGAACAGAUUGUUGUGAAUGGGUGUGAGUUGAAAGAGGAAGAGUUGAGUGAGCUUUUGGGGUGUUCUGCUCCGCCCGUGAAGUUGAAACCGGGCCGGUAUUGGUAUGAUCAGGAUUCUGGACUUUGGGGGCAGGAAGGGGGGAAACCUGAUAGAAUAGUGAGUUCAAAACUAAAUGUGGGAGGUAAGCUUCAAGUGGAUGCAAGUAAUGGAAACACGGGUGUUUAUAUCAACGGUAGGGAGAUUACGAAAGUUGAGCUUAAGGUGCUAAAGUUAGCCAAGGUUCAAUGCCCACAAGGAACACAUUUCUGGCUAUAUGAUGAUGGAUCAUAUGAGGAAGAGGGUCAAAAUAAUAUCAAAGGAAACAUUUGGGGAAAGGCCUCUACUCGGUUCAUUUCUUCCUUGUUUUGUUUGCCCGUGCCACAUGAGCAUUCUCAUAUGUCAAAUCAUGACACAAGUACACUCUUAAGUAAGUCUAUGUCACUGAAUAUGGAGCCUUCAAGAGUUAAAAAGAUUAUGCUUUUUGGUUUGGAAGGAUCAGGGACAAGUACUAUUUUCAAGCAGGUGAGGUUCUUAUAUGGUGACAAGUUCAGUGCUGAGGAGUUGCAGUAUCUCAAGCACAAGAUACAAAGUAACACCUUCAGAUAUCUUAGUAUCUUGCUCGAGGGACGAGAGCUUUUUGAAGAGGAGGCCCUGAUGGAAUUAAAAUCAUACAAUUCACAAAACGAAGAGUGCAUUCAAGGUAAUUUGGAAGUUGACAAAAGUACACGAUUUGCCUACUCUCUUAACCCAAAAUCCAAGCAUUUUUCUGAUUGGUUACUGGAAAUAAUGGCAACGGGUGAUUUUGACAAUUACUUUCCUGCUGCAACACGCGAGUAUGCUCCUGUAGUAGAUAAGAUUUGGAAGGAUCCAGCUAUUCAGGAAACCUACAAGCGAAGAGACGAGCUGCAUUUGCUUCCAGAUCUUGCCAAAUUCUAUCUUGAUCAGGUUAUCGAGUUGUCGAGCAAUGAUUACGAGCCAUCGGAGACUGACAUUUUAUAUGCUGAAGGAGUAACACCAAGCAAUGGUCUAUCCUUUCUUGACUUCUCAUUCAGUGAUCAUAGCCCCAUGUAUGAAAUGGAUGAUGGAAAUCUUGAAUCUUCUUUAAUAAAGUAUCAAUUAAUUCGCAUGAGCACAAAGGGAGAAAUUUAUAGCAAUUGCAAAUGGUUAGAUAUGCUCGCAGGCGCACAGGUCGUAGUAUAUUGCAUUGCUUUAAGCGACUAUGACCAGCAAUCAUCACAAUACAAGGGUGUCAUGAAAAAUAAGAUGUUAGCAAAUAGAGACUCCUUUGGGAGCCUAAUAAAACAUCCUUCUUUUGCCAACAUCCCUUUCGUACUUAUCCUAAACAAAUACGACGCUUUUGAAGACAAAAUAGCCCGGUCCCCAUUAACACUUUGUGAAUGGUUCCAUGACUUCAGGCCUCUAAAAACGAGCCAUAAUCACCAAACAUUGGCGAACCAAGCUUAUUAUUAUGUAGCCAUGAAGUUUAAAGAGUUGUAUGCAUCGAUCACUGGUAGGAAGCUUUUCGUGUGUCAGAGCAUUGCUAGAAAACGUGCAUCAGUCGAAGAAAGUUUGAAGUAUAUUAGAGAAGUGAUUAGAUGGGAUGAAGAAAGAGAGGAAGAUGUUUAUGGAAUCAACAUGGAUAUGGAUGUGGAUUUGGAUGAUGAUGGGGAUGAUUCAUUCUAUACUAUUCAAAUUGAUUGUAAUUAAUCAACUAUAGCUAUUUUCACCACCUUUUUUUUGUAUAUUUAUAUUCUUUCAUUGUUUUUCACAGAAAGUUAGAUUGACUGACUAUAUAGAUUAAUUUUGGUUACAUAAAGCUAGAGUUCUUUUGUUA